GUAAGUACACGUUUAUAUAACAUACCAAAGCUUGAUAUGUUAACUGAAGCAGGAAGUAUGUAAAAGGAGUCUAUCUUUGUGUCAGUUUAAUACAAGGUGGUAGGAUGUCUCACUAAAAGAGGGAAGUGAAGAUAAUCUCUGUCAAUUCAAGGUAGAAAUGUGCUAUUUGUCUCAGAUUUCAUGCAGAUGUUUAUGCUUGUACAUUGUAAUGCACUAUUGUACAGUAUCACCUGCUAUUAAUUAGCACAACCAACUUCUUUUGGAUGGUCAAUAUGUUACAAAAAUCUUGACACAAUGUCUAUAGAUACAGACAAAGACCUGGUGACAGGACCAUUUCUAAUUUAACAAUAAGAAAUAUCACUCAGUGAAAUACUUGUAUUUGAGUUAUAUUUGUCGGUGACACUCCUGGGGAUCUAGGAUUCUGAAGAUGCUGUCACAAGUUGGUUGGAAGGUGCUGUAUGACUUGUAAUUAGUGUGCUGUAACAAGCAAUACAUUUACAUGGUCUCAUUCUUCUUUGUGGUCCAAGUGCUCAACAACUAUGCCUUCAGCUUUAAUAUUUCUAUGCCUCUCCAAAUGAUCUUCAGAGCAGGUUCUCUGAUAGCUUCUCUCAGUCUGGGAGUGUUACUGAAGGGAAGAAAGUAUACCAGAGGGAAAUAUGUCUCCGUGGUACUCAUCACUCUUGGUAUCAUAGGGUGUACAAUUGCUUCGUCUCAAGUCAAACAAUCCAUGCCAUCGGAAAAUGGUGGUGGAGACUUGAUCGGCUACACUAUGUGGACAGCAGGACUUUGCUUGCUGACUCUUGCCCUGUUCCUGUCUGCUGGCAUGGGCCUUUUCCAGGAGACUGUGUAUACCAAGUAUGGCAAGCAUCCUCGGGAGGCACUCUUCUUCAACCAUGCUCUUCCCCUGCCAGGUUUCCUGCUACUGAUGAAUGACAUACAAGACCAUGCCACACUCUUCAGUCAAACAGAACCCUUGGAGCUGUUGUCGGGUAUUGCUGUUCCCCGCAUGUGGUUUUUCCUGGCUGCUAAUGUUUUAACACAAUAUGUAUGCAUCCGGUCAGUAUUUGUCCUGACAACAGAGUGUAAAGCUUUGACCGUCACACUGGUGGUAACACUACGCAAGUUUGUUAGCCUCAUGUUCUCUAUAUGGUACUUUGAGAACGAGUUCACACCGACUCACUGGAUGGGGUCCAUGUGUGUAUUCGUAGGAACGCUCAUGUUCACAGAGAUCAUCCCACUGCCGGCCGUCCUGGCAGGACAGCCUCUCUCUGAGGAAGACAAGAAGAAAUAAUGCUCAGCGAUCUCAGGAUUUUUUAUUUUGUCUAGUUGGAAUUAUUAAACUGCUUUUAGUUUGCAUUUGAAAGGAAUUUAAAUGCCACCUGGAUUACAGAAAAACAGCCAGAAGCAUGUUAUUGCUUACAUAGUUUGUCCAUGUAAUUCCUAAUAAAUGCCAGCUGAAAGCAGUGAACUAUUUAUAUUUAAGUUCAACCUUUAACCCUUGGGAUGUUACAGUCGUAUCUCGAGGUUGAUUGUCUGAUCAGCUGACAGGUCUCGGGUAUUUGACAUUAUGCAGUAGUUCUUUAUUUAGCAUCAAUACAAUCAAUAUUUAAAUUACAUCUUAUUUAAAGUUCAUAAAUGUUUUCAGGAUUUUCUAACAUUCAUCUAAAAUUAUCUCAAAAUGUUUUGCUAAGUUAUAUCUGCAAGAAUGGUUUAUGAAUAAUUAUAUCUUUGUUGAGAGUUAGUCUGCCGGUACUUCUAUUUCAAAGUCAUAUUUAUAUAGAUUUGUUUAUAAUAUAUAUAUGAUGACUUUCCACCCAAAGAUUUUUAAAAUACCUC